CUAGUCGAUUUCAAUAUACAUACAUACUAUACUACUAGCUAUGCACAUAUGUAUGUACAUAUGUCUGUGUGUAAUGUACCUUGGGCAAUUUGUUAAAUGCUCGUAAUCAAUAAACCAAUGUGUCAUGUUCAAUGCUUGUACUGCCGGCAUUCUCAAGUCAUCUGCGCUUUAAGCUUAUAACAAUAUAGAUGGUUGUUGUUGUUGUUGUUCUUGUUUUUGUUGUUGUCAUUCGUGUUCAAGCCAUGCCGUUCUAGUGCGUACACAGCGCACACAUAACUGUUGACAGAAGUGCCGCGCAGAAUUUUCGAUUCAGACCAAAAAGUGCGUUCAACGUAAACGGUUGUCCUAAAAAGCGGCGCGAAAAAAGUUGGCGAACGAAUUUUGCAACAGAAAUUCUUAAAUAAAAUUGAAAGGAUAGCUCAUUGAGCUUAUAAAAAUUGACAAUCUUAGGAAAGUGUUAGAAAAAUUAUAAAUAAAAUUAUAAAAAAAAUUUAGUGUCGUAAAUAAAUAAAUAAAUAAAUUUUUAAAUUUAAAUAAUUUUAACAAUAUUUCACGUACAAUCGCGUAUUUACCAAUUAGACAUCGCAUUCGGUUUGAGCAUCUUACUUUGGGAUACUCCAAUAUAUGCGCGUUAUUGUGUUUGGCGCAAAAUGUUGAAAAAUCUAAAGACACUACUUUUGUUCUGCUCGCUAUGGCAUGCGAUAUUGUGUGCGGAACUCAAUACGACAGUGGCGCAAGUGAAAUUAUUACCAGCUGAUAUAGCGGAAGCGCAAGCGCUGGCUAAUGCUGCCAAUGCAACGGAGUCGGUAUUCGCGGCGACAAUCGAUGGCGAGGACACGGAAAUAAUUGAUGUUCCUGAGGACGCCACAUAUUUGGAACCAGCGUUAACAAAUUCGUCUGAGGAGCAAAUACGUCGCCGACGUCAACUUUUUUACGAUCCUUCACUAUUGUUGUUGACAAAUUAUGGCGCUGAAGGCGGCAAAUGUAUUACAGCACGCGGUUACCCCGGCGUCUGUAUGCGUUUUACUGCCUGUCAGCCGUAUUUUCGCGCCAAACGGCAGUUUAAUUUCCUUAAUCUGCGACAGUGGCCCCAGGUACCGAGUAUAGGACAGGAUGUAUGCAGUUUUUACGAUCAAUUCGGACGUGCAAACACAGGCAUCUGUUGUACAGGUACAUUUAUGGGCGCUGGUGCGUAUCCCGGCGGUGGCGUGUAUCCUGGCGCUGGUGCGUAUCCUGGCGCUGGUGCGUAUCCAGGCGCAGGUGUAUAUCCACCACCAUCUUUCAUCUAUCCAGGCGGUGUGAGUCCACUACCCACACCACCCAUCGAACCAACAGCACCCACGCAACCAGCCACACAACCAGACGAGGAGUUCGAGGAGGAUAAGGAUGAGGAAGACAUUAUCGAGUUGGAUCAUCCAACAGAAAACGAUCCACUAGUUGAACCUGUGCAUGAGCCAAAUACUGCUGACAAACAGGACACCAAUGUCGUUUACGACCCGAUCAAAGAAGAUACGGAAGAUGAGAAAACAGAAGUGACUACAACAAAACCAGCAACAUUUUACAAUGAAUUCGCUUAUCAAUGGCCGAACCAGUUUGGCAAUCAAUUCUCUAGCGUACACCAAUGGCCGCCACCGCUGCCGACACAUCCACCAUCGGCCGCUGUCUGGCCGCCGCCAUUACCAACACAUCCACCCAAUCAUCAUUAUCCAACACAUGCUUCGGUACCCGCAAAACCGGGCGCGCCAGCUGCUUCACCCGCCGUAACCACACGACGCACCACCACAAGACGACCAACCGCCGCAGCGACUACGCCACGUCCGGUGCCGACAACAACACGCCGUCCAAGCUAUCCAGCGUACCCCGGCUAUCCGAAUUAUCCCAGUUAUCCAACAUAUCGUCCAACUGCAGCGCCAACGACCACAACACGACGUCCCACAAUACCAAUCUCAAGCGAUCAUGGCCUACCGGCACAAUGUGGCAUUAAGAAUCCCGCAGCGCCAGAUCAAGAACGCAUUGUGGGCGGCACAAAUGCAAGUCCUAAUGAGUUCCCCUGGAUUGCGGUGCUCUUCAAGUCUGGCAAACAGUUCUGUGGUGGCAGUGUGAUAACGAAAAAUCAUAUUUUGACAGCGGCGCAUUGUGUGUCCAGAAUGACCUCUUGGGAUGUGGCAGCACUCACAGCGCAUCUCGGUGAUUACGAUAUACGCACCAAUUACGAAGUACAACACGUUGUACGACGUAUUAAACGUUUGGUGCGUCACAAAGGUUUCGAUUUUAGCACACUGCACAACGACAUCGCUAUAUUGACUGUAAAUGAACCGCUGAAAUUCACUUAUGAAGUCCAACCCAUUUGCUUGCCUGGCUCAAGUAGUCAACUGAGCCGUAGCUACAGCGGUAAGGUGGCAACAGUUGCAGGUUGGGGCAGUUUGCGUGAGAACGGUCCACAGCCAUCCAUUCUGCAGAAAGUACAGAUACCAAUUUGGGCGAAUCACGAUUGUGCGCGGAAAUAUGGACGUGCGGCGCCGGGUGGCAUCAUCGAAUCGAUGGUGUGCGCUGGGCAGGCGUCCAAGGAUUCGUGUAGUGGCGACUCUGGCGGUCCGCUGAUCGUCAAUGAGGGUGGACGCUACACCCAGGUUGGCAUUGUGUCUUGGGGCAUUGGUUGUGGCAAAGGCGAAUAUCCAGGCGUUUAUACGAGAAUCACUUCCCUGUUGCCGUGGAUUUACAAAAAUAUUAAAUAGUACGAAUAAUGAAAUAAAUGCUUAAAAUAAAAACGAAAACAAAGUGAUAAUUUAUAUACAAAUCGAUUUCUAUAUGUAGUAUUUUUUGUAUUUAUAAAUGGAAUGAAUAAAUUUUUGUGCGUGA